AUGGCUGUUGUAAACACCCUCCGCGUCAAACUGCCCUCGCCCCCGUCCGGACCAGCAGCCUCGAGUGUACUUGACAAAGACAAGGAUACACCAGACAGUCAUGUCGCGCGUGAUGGCCGCCUCAUCCGACUAACCGGUGUCCACCCCUUUAACGCUGAAGCACCUCUAACGGCGCUUUACGAUGAAGGUUUUCUUACUUCAGUGGAUCUCUUCUAUGUCAGGAACCAUGGCCCUGUACCCCAGGUUCUUGAUGACGACGUGCUGCCAUGGGAGAUUAGUGUGGAAGGACUCGUGGAAAAUCCAUUUACGAUCACACUAAGAAAGCUCGUCGAAGAAUUCGAACAAAUCACACUCCCUAUUACCCUCGUCUGCGCUGGGAACAGGCGUAAGGAGCAAAACAUUGUGCGGAAGACCAAGGGAUUCUCGUGGGGCGCCGCAGGAUUGUCCACUGCUCUGUUCACCGGCACUCUUAUGGCCAAUGUUUUGCGCAAAGCCAAGCCACUGCGAGGUGCAAGGUACCUCUGCAUGGAAGGCGCUGACAAGCUUCCAAAUGGGCAUUAUGGCACGUCAGUUAAGCUAAACUGGGCCAUGGAUCCAAACAAAGGCAUCAUGCUCGCGCAUGGAAUGAACGGUGCCCCGCUUAGGCCGGACCACGGCAGACCACUCAGAGCUGUUGUCCCGGGGACCAUCGGCGGUCGCAGCGUAAAGUGGCUGAAGAGGUUGAUCGUGACCGCCGAACCCAGUGAUAAUUGGUACCACUACUAUGAUAAUAAAGUCCUUCCAACCGUUGUUACGCCUGAAAUGUCGGCAGCUGAGCCGGCUUGGUGGCGGGACGAGAGAUAUGCGAUCUAUGACUUGAAUGUUAACUCCGCCGUUGUGUAUCCGCAGCACGAUGAAGUGAUAGACCUUACCUUACCGAGACAAGAUUAUCCACUUCGGGGAUACGCAUACGGUGGAGGCGGACGUCGAAUCACUCGCGUUGAGAUAUCACUUGACAGCGGCAGAUCAUGGAGGCUUGCUGAAAUCGAUUACCCCGAAGACCGGUUCCGCGAAGCCGAUAUCGAUAUGUUUAACGGACGGCUCGACGUGUUUAGUAGAGAAACUUGCUUCUGCUGGUGUUUCUGGACGUACAGCGUUUCGAUCCUUGAGCUGCGGAAUUCGGAUAGCAUACUCGUCAGAGCUAUGGACGAGUCCAUGAUGUGUCAGCCCCGAGACAUGUACUGGUCUGUCUUGGGAAUGAUGAAUAACCCAUGGUUCCGAGUUACCAUCGAGAAAGGGGACCAGUGGAUCCGCUUCCAGCACCCGACGUCACUUCUACCGGGGACAUCCGGAUGGAUGGACAAGGCGAAGAAGGCGGGUGGAGACUUGCUCAAUGGUCGCUGGGGAGAGAAGGGAGCGGGCUUGGAGGAGCCGCUUACACCACCCGUGGAGCAAGAAAUCCAGAUGACGAAUCCGGAUUCUACAAGGCUAUUUACGUUGGAAGAGUUCAAAGGCGAGACUUCCCAGGAGAAGCCGCUGUUUAUUGUGGACGGUCACGUUUACGAUGGGACGGCGUAUCUUCAGGACCACCCAGGCGGUGCUCAAAGCAUCCUGACAUCAGCUGGUUCAGACGUCACGGAGGACUUCAUGGCAAUUCACAGUGAAAAUGCCAAGGCUAUGAUGCGCCAGUACCACGUUGGAAGGCUCGAUCAAGACGCGCGGAAACGCCUCGGAGCUUCAGCCAACGAGGGCGAGUUAUUGGCCUCAAGAUCAGAGUUCCUGCACCCCAAGCAUUGGGCAAAGGCUACGCUCGGACAUGUCAAGACCUUGUCCCACGACACAAAGCUCUUCAGGUUCAUAUUUGAUGAGCAUCAAACGGUUGGGCUCCCAAUUGGUCAGCACCUCAUGCUGCGCAUCAAAGACCCGAUAACAAACGAGAAUAUCAUCCGGGCAUACACGCCUGUCUCUGAGGGUAUCCAGAAGGGAUCAGUUGAUCUUCUCAUAAAGCUGUACCUCCCCACACCAGUCUUGGCAGGAGGCAAGAUGACGACUGCCCUUGACAAAAUUGAAAUAGGCAUGGAAGUCGAGUUCAAAGGCCCCAUCGGCAAGCUCGAGUAUCUUGGCCGCGGCCAGGUUACCAUCAGCGGAGUCCAUCGCAAGGUUUCGUCCUUCGUUAUGAUAUGCGGAGGAAGCGGCGUGACCCCAAUCUUCCAGGUGUUCCGCGCCGUGGUGCAAGACCCUGAAGAUACGACCUUCUGUACCGUGAUCGACGGAAACAGACUGGAAGAGGAUAUUCUAUGCCGAGAAGAGCUCGAUGACCUAUCAACCUUGAAGAGAGAUAGUUGCAGAGUGAUCCACACCUUGACGAGCCCAUCUGCAGACUGGACGGGACAACGGGGUCGGAUAUCAGAAAGCUUGCUGCGGGCGGAGGCACCCCCAGCAGAGGAUCGAAUCGCUCUCAUCUGUGGGCCUGGAGCAAUGGAGUCAUUUGUGCGAGAGACGUUGAAGAAGAUCGGGUGGUCGGAAGAUGACAUGGUUUUCUUCUAG